GACAGCCCUUAAGAAACCAUGAAUCCAUCACAACUCGCACUUCUAGUGGGCAUCGCCACUGUCGCGAACGGGCACGGGAUCAUGAUCGAGCCCCGGCCAUACAAUCUCCACGAGGCUCCUCUACAGCAGGUAGCCCCCCUUGGGGCCGAAUUGCCAUUCCCUUGCCAAGGCCGUACCGAACACGCUGAUAAUAGAACCACUCUAACUGCAGGUACGACUCAGACUGUUAAAUUCUGGAUCAGUGCCGUGCAUGGUGGGGGAAGCUGCCAGUUCAGCUUGACCUACGACAACCCCCCGCCUGCCGACCCAUCACAGUGGAAAACUAUCUAUACAAUUAUAGGCGAUUGUCCAGCAAAGGCUGCAGGUAAUAUUCCAACCAUUGAAACUGACCAAGACGGAAGGGAGAGCGGCCCACAGUGCGGAAACUCUGACGGCGAGGAGUGCGUUCGUCAGUUUGAAGUUCCCAUACCAGCCGGCAUUAAGAAUUCGGACUCGGCCACUUUUGCAUUCACUUGGUUCAAUAAGAUUGGAAACAGAGAAAUGUACAUGACCUGCGCUCCCGUCAGUAUCGUCGGAGGUUCUGAUGACCAGGAGCUUAUGGACUCCCUGCCCCCAGCAGCCCCUACCGAGACUGGCCAACCGGCCUGGGCGGCCGGGAUGACCAGGUGCCCAGAAGCUAACGGGAAAAUAUUUUGCUAUGAAGGCAACACCUUCGGGCUUUGCAAUCAUGGCUGGGCAGAUCCUCUGCCUCUCAAUGAAGAUCAAGUGUGUGCUAAUGGUGAGAUCACCUACAAGUACAACUCCAGCGCUUAA